GUAUAUUUUUGGAAAACGAAAAAUUCUUGCAGAAAAACCUAAGCUGUGGCACAUCAAUCUAAUCUUGGAGAUCUCUUGCAGUACGUGGCAAGAAAUUUCAAAAAUCGUUGAAGAAAAAUUUGGAUUCUGUAAAGAUGCCGAAUAUCUAAUGCUUAAGGAUCUUCUUGAUAAUAUGAUUCCUCUUGUUUUGGAUGUUUAUGCA